AGCAAUCUCUAUUAUUUUCGCAUCACGCACUAGGAUAUAAUCUUCAUGAAUUUUGUGCAUCUUUACCCAAAGAGAUGAAGGACUAUCCACAACAUCACCCACAACAUUCUUUAAUCCUCUCCACAACCACAUGUUUCCGUUGUAAUGUUUGCAAUGUUAACUACCCGUCGAUGUCCAUGCAGUUGUCAUUCAACUAUCGUUCAUCAGUUGGCGAUUUUCAUUUGGAUAUAAGAUGUGCAUUCAAGUCCUUUCUUGUUUGUCCUCGCACUCUGCACAACCACGAAUUGGCCGCUCACAUACACCCCGAAUCAUUUUUAUGUAGUUAUUGUGGUGAGAAACAUGGAGAAAUAGGUAUUUCCUAUCAGUGCAAAACUAGCUGGUUCUGGAUCCACGACCAUUGCUACUCACUGCCUCAAACUAUGGAACAUGAAAGUCAUGUGCAUCCGCUUAAGUUAUGUUAUGAUCUACAAGGAGAGAAGUUACCCAACUAUCUAUGCGGCCUUUGUAAGGAAGAGAUAAACAAGCAAUUGGGUUUCUAUGUUUGUAAGAGAUGUAAAUACACACUUCACACAAAAUGCUCAACUAAGAAAUGUGAUCCUCCAAUAGUUGAAGAAGAAGAAGAUCAAAUGAUUCAAUUUCCGUUGCCUUCGAUUGAGGCAGUGCAUAACACGCUAGCCCAAUUUAUCAAAAUUAUAUGUCAAUGGAAGGACGAGGACGAGGACGAGGACGAGGAAGAUUAUAAUAUCCUAAAUCACCCCAGCCAUGAUCAUCCACUUACCCUUGAGUUUGAUUUAAGCAAGAUUACAAGCUUUAGCAGCACAAGUAGAGGUGAGUAUAAAGUGAUCUGCAAUGGGUGCAUUCUUCCUCUAUUUAUGAAUGAUGCACCCUUUUAUAGUUGCAACCGGUCGACGUGUAAUUUCAUUUACACAAAUGGUGUUCGAUGAUUCUCAGCUUCAUAAAGAACAUCCCCUAACCUGCAUUUUACCUGCCGAGAAAUUUAAUUGUGAACGUUGCAAUGGAAGGUCAAUAUUGUGUACGAUGUCUGGAAUUGGCUUUCAAUGUACAGAAUGUCAAAUUAGGUUUGGUGAUCAAUAAUACAUCCCAGACCAAACCUAAUUUGGCAUUCUUUACAUUCAAAGCCAAUUCCAGACAUCGUACACAAUAUUGACCUUCCAUUUGGCAUUCUGUUGAUAAUUUUGUACGUUCCCCCUGUGAUUGUUGAUUCUGUUGAUCAUUAUCAACAUGAAGAAUGUACCCAGGAUCAACAGGAACGUAUUCAGGAUUUUAUUGGGCUUACAACAAUUAAAUGUAAUAAAUAAUAUAAUAUAUAUGUAUGAAAAAUCUGGAUUUAUUAUAUUAAAAUCUAUAUGAUUAUGUUAAUUGUACCCUUUCCAAAACUUUAUGUAUUAUUAUUUCCAAACUCU